AUGGCAUUUCUUAUCUUCUUUGCCUUAACGAUCGGUGUUAGAAUCAGAGGGGUUUACCCUGGGGGCCCUUGGCAGAGUGCUCAUGCUAGCUUCUUCGGUUUCGGUGGAACUGAUGCCUCUGGCAAUGUGGGUGGAGCUUGUGGAUGCCGUAACCUCUGCGGCGAAGGGCACGGCGCGAACAUGGCGAAGCUGAGCACCUCACUAUUCAACUUUGGGCUGAGCUGCGGAGCCUGCUUCGAGAUAAAGUGCGCGAAUGACCGACAAAGGUGUCACUCGAGAAGCCUAUUCAUCUUCUUCACAGCCAACUUCCGCUACGCUCUUUCGAACGACGAUAGCGGCCAGCCAUCCUCGGCUGAAAUCGGGGUCAAAACUGGCAGUCAAACGCAGUAUUGGUGGGCACAGUCAUGGUCGCUUACGGUCACGGGCAAUGACGGACGUACAUCCACCUCUUCGAUCAUCAUGCACUGGCAAUUCAAUCAAACUUUCACUGCGAAGCUCUUCCAGAUCUAUUUUCCUUUCCUCCCUCUCUCUAUCCCUUCUAAGCUUCUACUACUAAAGCAAGGUCAGAGACGUUUUAACAACAUUAGAGCAUUUAUGGUAGCAGAAAGUGCUCGCAUUCGACCAAGUCGCAUCCGUCGUGAUUGGCAAGGCCAUCAGGAAUAG